AUCACUCGUCAUUCCCCCGCGCCUUUUCAACUGCCAAACGCACCCUAUAAAAAACAGCCCAAUAAAAUGGAAAAGAAAAUAAAAUAAAAAAAUCGAAAAAUAAUAAAUUCCUGAAAAAAUGGAGCUGCAUAGAGGACUUCCUCUGCUACAUCAGCAGUACAGAGCUCUGUUCGUCAAGAACCUGCUCCUCGCAUGGCGGAACAAGCGAUCCACGCUUAUCCAACUGUUCUCCUCUCUCUUCUUCAUCUUCCUCAUAUUCCUCAUCCAGGAGGCGAUUCGGUCGCGCUUCGGCUCCUCCUCCUCAUUCGAGAGCGUUGCCGACCCGGCGCCGCUGGUGGCGCCGCCCAUACUGCCGUGCGAGGACAAGUUCUACAUCAGAUCCCCGUGCUUCGAUUUCGUGUGGAGCGGGAAUAGCAGCGCGAGGGUUAGGGAGAUUGUGCGGAGGAUUAGGGAGAACAAUCCUGGCCGGCCUAUUCCUGAGGAAAAGGUUAGGUCAUUCACAACUCCCACUGAAACAGAUGAUUGGCUGGCCAGCAAUCCUAUGUAUUGCGCUGGGGCACUCCAUUUCGUGGAUAGAAAUUCCACUGUUAUUAGCUACGGUCUACAGACUAAUUCUACUCCAGUUUCUCGCCGAGGAACUUAUGAAGAUCCAACCUUUAAAUUUCAAGUCCCUCUUCAGCUUGCUGCUGAGCGUGAAAUUGCGAGAUCUCUUAUUGGAGAUACCAAUUUUAGAUGGUCUGUCAGUAUAACGGAAUUUGCGCACCCUGCGCAUGAGAUUUUUUCGGCUGUGCAGAAUGCAGGACCAACUUUUUUCCUGGCUAUUGCAAUGUUUUCUUUUGUUUUCCAGAUUAGUUCUUUGGUAACAGAGAAAGAACUCAAACUUCGCCAGGCCAUGGCAAUGAUGGGUCUUUAUGAUACAGCGUAUUGGUUAUCUUGGCUCACAUGGGAAGGAAUUGUCGUGCUUCUUUCAUCCCUUUUCACAGUUCUUUUUGGGAUGAUGUUUCAGUUUGACUUCUUUCUGAACAACAGUUUCGCAGUCGUCUUCCUUCUGUUUUUUCUUUUUCAACUGAAUAUGACAGGAUUUGCAUUUAUGCUGUCCGCCUUUGUUAGCAAAUCUUCCUCAGCCACCACCGUUGGUUUCUUCAUUUUCAUUAUUGGUUUUGUUAGUCAGCUUGUUACGAGAUUUGGAUUUCCUUACAGUGAGACAUUCUCUAAUACAUACCAAAUUGUGUGGUCGUUUUUUCCACCUAAUCUUCUUGCUGCUGGUUUGAAUUUGCUUGCUGAUGCAACUGCAACUCCUCAAGAUCCUGGUAUCAGUUGGGAUGGUAGGACGCGAUGUGCACCAAACGAUACAGAAUGUGUCUUGACAAUGCAUGAGAUCUACAUAUGGCUUGUCUCAACAUCAUGUUUGUGGUUUGUUCUGGCCAUCUACUUUGACAAUAUUUUCCCAAAUGUGUCUGGUGUGAGAAAAUCAAUGUUCUAUUUUCUGCACCCUGGGUACUGGACUGGGAGAGGUGGAAACAAGUCGGCAGAGGGGAGCAUUUGCAGCUGCAUGGGUUCAACUCCACCUACUGAAAAUAUUGUUCCAGAUGACGAGGACGUACGAGAAGAGGAAAACUUAGUGAAACAACAAGCUUCAGAAGGUAAUGCCAAUCCCAACAUUGCAGUUCAGAUACGUGGUCUAGUGAAAACUUAUUCUGGAACAACAAAGAUUGGUUGCUGCAAAUGCAAGAGAACCUCGCCUUACCACGCGAUCAAGGGUAUAUGGCUAAACUUCCCAAAGGAUCAAUUAUUCUGCCUUCUUGGACCUAAUGGCGCUGGGAAAACUACCACGAUUAAUUGUUUGACUGGGAUUACACCAGUGACUGGUGGAGAUGCAUUAGUUUACGGCUAUUCUAUCCGAAGCUCUACUGUGAUGUCAAGCAUUCGUAGGAUGAUAGGAGUUUGUCCUCAGUUUGAUAUCCUGUGGGAUGCUUUAUCUGGUCAAGAGCAUCUUUACCUGUUUGCAAGCAUCAAAGGUCUGAACCCUGCUUCCAUAAAGUCGGUUGCACAAAAAUUAUUAGCAGAAGUAAAACUUUCUGAUGAAGCCAAAGUGAGGUCAUGUAGCUAUAGUGGGGGAAUGAAGCGCCGACUGAGUGUCGCUAUUGCUUUAAUUGGUGAACCAAAAUUGCUUAUCUUGGAUGAGCCGACUACAGGCAUGGAUCCCAUCACCCGAAGACACGUAUGGGAUGUGAUCGAGAAUGCCAAAAAGGGACGUGCGAUUAUUCUAACAACUCACUCUAUGGAGGAGGCUGACAUCUUAAGUGAUAGAAUAGGGAUCAUGGCAAAGGGCAGACUUCGCUGCAUUGGUACUUCAAUAAGGCUGAAAUCACGAUUUGGGACGGGUUUUAUUGCAAAUAUAAGCUUUGUCAGUGAUGUUUCUAGUACACAGGACUCUGUUAGUACAGCUCAGCAUAUUGCUGUGAAAGAGUUUUUCAAAUCUCAUUUGGAUGUUUCGCCUAAAGAAGAGAGCAAAUCGUUCCUCACCUUUGUUAUACCCCAUGAAAAGGAAAAGCUAUUAAAGAACUUCUUUGGUGAGCUUCAGGAUAGAGAAAAGGAAUUUGGCAUAUCGGACAUCCAACUUGGCCUAACAACCCUGGAAGAAGUUUUCUUAAACAUAGCCAAAAAGGCAGAGUUGGAAAGUGCUGCAGCCGAAGGAACCUUUGCAAGUCUUAUUCUGAACUCUGGAGUGUCUGUUAAGGUACAUAAAGUUGCACUUAGACUCUUGUUUAUAUUUUACCGAACAAACUCUUCGAGUAACUGUAAA